AUAAUUUGCUUGUGUGGUUCUUUACCCUUCAUUGCACCAGACCUUGCUGCCUGGGACCGCAAAACGCAGAAAAAAUAUUACGGUAGUCUGCUGGUCAACGGACAUGAGCGACGAAGCACCACCUACCAAACGACAAUGUAUUGAGCAAGUUCAAAGCCACGCAGGGCCUAUAGACGCGAACGGCGAAGUCAAGGUUGAACCGCGCAGCGACGCGGCAGUAGCUGCGCAGCAGGCAGCGCAAGCAAAAGAACGUUCAGCAGCGAGCCAACUGGUGCAGGAACCCGCGGGGCCAGGGCCGAGCUCUUCCUCAGCGCGGGACCGGCCCUACAUCGCUCCGGGCGCCUACUCGCAGCGCGAGGAGGCCCUUAUAAAGCGCGAACAGGAUGGAGACAUCGCAUUCCGCUACGUAUUCAACAACGACGACCCGCAGAACCUCAUUUACUUGGUGGGGCUGAAGAACAUUUUCUCAAAGCAGCUGCCAAACAUGCCCAAGGAGUACAUCGUGCGCCUGGUGUUUGACCGGCGGCACCGCUCCGUGGCGCUGCUGAAGCGCAACGGCACCGUCAUCGGCGGCAUCACCUACCGCGCCUUCCACGAGCAGGCAUUCGGCGAGAUCGCCUUCUGCGCCGUGACCAGCCACGAGCAGGUCAAGGGCUACGGCACGCGGCUCAUGAACCAGACCAAGGAGUUCGCGCGCACCGUGGACCGCCUCACGCACUUCCUCACCUACGCCGACAACAACGCGGUGGGGUACUUUGAGAAGCAGGGCUUCACGCGCGAGAUCACGCUGGCGCGGGAGCGCUGGCAGGGCUACAUCAAGGACUACGACGGCGGCACGCUGAUGGAGUGCGUCAUGCACCCGCGCGUCAGCUACACCGCCCUGCCCGACCUCAUCCGCACGCAGCGCCUGGCGCUGGACGACCGCGUUCGCCAGGUCUCCAACUCCCACGUGGUGCGGACCGGGCUGAGGCACUUCCAGGAGGAGGACGCGCGGCUGGCGGCGGCCACGGCAGCAGCAGCGGCGGCGGCGGGGGCAGCAGGAGGGAGAGGCGCGGGCGGUGUAGGGGCCGGGGCGCCGGCUGGUGACGCGGCGGCGGCAACAGCGGACACCGACCCGGCGUUGCGGCGACGUAUGCUGGACAUCGGCGGCAUCCCAGGGGUGCGGGAGGCGGGCUGGUCGCCGGACAUGGUGCAGCAGGGGCCGCGCUUCCGGCUGCUGCUGGACGAGGCGGGGGCGGGUCCGGCGGUGGAGGCGGGGUCGGAGGCGCUGCACCGGUUCCUGGUGCUGCUGCUGGAGCACGUCAAGGGGCUGGAGGACGCCUGGCCGUUCCGGGAGCGGGUGGCGGUGCAGGACGCGCCCGACUACUACGACAUCAUCAAGGACCCCAUGGCUCUGGACGUGAUGGAGGAGCGCCUGGCCUCGCGCGGCUACUACGUCACCCUGGACAUCUUCACCGCCGACCUGCGCCGCGUGUUCGACAACUGCCGCCUCUACAACGCGCCGGACACCAUCUACUACAAGCUGGCCAACAAGCUGGAGGCGCAGGUCAACGCCUUCAUGUCCAACCACGUGCUGUACGAGGAUGAGGCAGGGCCGGCGGCGGCGGCAGCGGCAGCGGCAGCUGGGACUGGGGCUGGAGCAGGCGCUGGGCGGUAGCAGCAGCAGGACGCGAGGAGCUCGGCUGGGCGAGGGUGUGAUGUGGGGUCCUGGGGUGGCGCAGGCCGCGCGUGGAGUGACAGCAGGAUGGUCGUGAGGCUGGUUGCAGCCUAGCAGUCGAUUGUGGGGGAGAUUUGAUGGUGGCUCAGGCAGGCUCGCAUAUCUGCUGGUGUGCUUUCUGGGAGCUGCCAUGGUGCGCUGCAUGCUGCCGCACAAGAGCCAUGUAACGUGGACUGAAG